GCUCCAAAGAAAGAUAAGGCUCCUCCACCAUCUUCCAAGCCCGCCAAAUCUGGCGGUGGCAAGCAGAAGAAGAAGAAGUGGAGCAAGGGAAAGCAGAAGGAGAAGGUGAACAAUCAGGUGCUGUUUGAUCAGGCUUCAUAUGACAAGCUCCUCUCUGAAGCACCCAAAUUCAAGCUCAUCACUCCUUCCAUUCUCUCUGAUCGUCUGAGGAUUAAUGGGUCACUUGCAAGGAAGGCGAUAAGAGAGUUGAUGGCUAGAGGUUCAAUCCGGCUGGUGUCCGCUCACGCGAGUCAGCAGAUUUACACUAGGGCAACAAACACCUAGAUGUAGUACCUCGCAAGAUCAAUGAAGAAAUUUUUGUUUCAGUUUGAGAUGUACUUCAGACUAGACUAAUGUUGAAUGCAUCUGAGGUUUUUUUUCUGUCCUUGAUAAUAUAUAUUGCUUUUGUUUGUUUAUCA